UCGGUUCACUUGUUGUUGCUGCUACCAGAACAGGUUUAUAUAGAAAUGUGGCUCGCUGUGUUUGGUUUGUUGGUUCUGCCACUGAUCGCUUUGGUGUACUUUGAACGGAAGGCAUCGCGGCGCCGCCAACUGCUCAAGGAAUUCAAUGGACCCACUCCGGUGCCCAUUUUGGGCAACGCCAAUCGGAUUGGCAAAAAUCCGGCAGAAAUACUGUCUACGUUCUUUGAUUGGUGGUGCGAGUACGGAAAAGAUAACUUCCUCUUCUGGAUCGGAUACAGUUCCCACAUUGUGAUGACUAAUCCCAAGCAAUUGGAGUACAUCUUGAACAGUCAGCAACUGAUACAAAAGUCCACCAUCUACGACCUACUGCAUCCCUGGCUGGGUCAUGGUCUCCUAACGAGCUAUGGUAGCAAGUGGCACAAGCACCGCAAGAUGAUCACCCCAUCCUUCCACUUCAACAUCCUGCAGGACUUCCACGAGGUGAUGAACGAGAACUCCAGCAAGUUUAUGACACAGUUGAAGAAGGCGAGUGCCGGAGACACCAUCAUUGAUUUCCAGGAGCAUGCCAACUACCUUACUCUGGAUGUGAUCUGCGAUACGGCGAUGGGUGUGCCCAUCAAUGCCAUGGAGCAGCGCGACUCCUCCAUUGUUCAGACAUUCAAAGAUAUGUGCUACAAUAUAAAUAUGCGAGCUUUUCAUCCAUUUAAACGCUCCAAUCGCGUAUUCAGUUUAACACCUGAGUUUUCAGCCUAUCAAAAAACUCUGAAGACGCUACAAGAUUUCACGUAUGACAUCAUCGAAAAACGCGUCGAUGCUCUGCAGAAUGGAAGUUCCAAGAAGGAGCACGAUCCAUCCUUGCCACGAAAGAAGAUGGCCUUUCUGGACACCUUGCUAUCCUCCACCAUCGACGGUCGUCCUCUCACACGGCAGGAGAUCUACGAGGAGGUGUCCACCUUCAUGUUUGAAGGACACGACACGACCACCUCGGGAGUAUCGUUCUCCGUAUAUCUGCUCUCGCGACAUCCUGAUGUUCAGCGGAAAUUGUAUCAGGAGCAAUGUGAAGUCAUGGGUAGUGAUAUGAACAGAAAUGUCAGUUUCCAGGAGGUCGCCAAAAUGAAGUAUCUAGAUCUGUUUAUUAAGGAGGCGCAGCGCGUCUAUCCCAGUGUUCCAUUCAUAGGGCGAUAUUGCGACAAGGAUUAUGAUAUCAAUGGCAGCAUAGUGCCCAAGGGUACCACUCUCAAUCUGGCUCUCAUCCUGCUGGGUUACAACGAUCGCAUCUUCAAGGAUCCCCAUCAUUUUCGACCGGAGCGAUUUGAGGAGGAGAAACCCGCUCCCUUUGAGUAUCUACCUUUCAGUGCUGGGCCACGAAACUGCAUUGGCCAAAAGUUUGCGCUCCUAGAACUUAAGACAGUUAUAUCAAAGGUGGUGAGGUCCUUUGAGGUGCUUCCAGCUGUCGAUGAACUGGUCUCCUCGGAUGGUCGCCUAAAUACCUACCUCGGUCUCUCCCCAGGCAAAAAGUUGAAGUGCGAGGCAGGACGCCACAAAUACGAUCCUAUUCUAUCCGCGGUGCUAACCCUGAAAUCAGACAACGGCCUGCACCUUCGUCUCAGGGAAAGGAAGCUCUAAGAAUAAGGAAUAUGAAUACUCUUAAAUACCUCUAUUAAGUUGUGCAUUACUUAUGCAUUCAUCAUACCUUCAAGUGCACUAGGUUGUAUACUUAAUAUUACCAAACAUGUAAUGACCCAGUUAGCUUUUUAUUUGGAGAAUAAAAUAAUAUAACUGCAUACAUUUUGUCAUCCUUUUAACAAUGUUAAAUCAAUAAAACUCCAAGGAAUUAAGUCUCAUCACUUAUAUUUAUUAGUAAACCCAAUUAAAAUUACGUUACUCUCCUGCCGAUCUCACGAAUGACCACCUCACGCCGAAGUUGUAAACCAUAAAUAGAAGCACACUCAGUCUGAGAUUCAUUUUGGCUUUGAGUUGAUGUCGUUUACUUCCACUCCUAUUUAUAGCUGAUUAAAUUUCUGCCCUUUCCGCGGCUUGCAUAAUUUAUUGUAAUUAAAUUAUGAAUGGCUUAAUGCCGAUUAAAAUGUUUCGAACUCCACACUUGGUGUGGCUACUACGCCGUAUCCAACGAACAAAACUGCUGGCUUAGUUGCGUUGACUCAAGCCAAGUUGAUUAUCUAGAUAAUAGACAAAUAUGAAAUUAAAUUCUAGAUAAUCUAGAUAAUAGACAAAUAUGAACUUGAAUUCCUUCGCAAUAAGAAAUCGCCUUUUAUACUUAAUAAGCCAAAUUGAUUAUCUAGAUAAUAGACAAAUAUAAAUUUAGAUAAGAAAUCGACUUAUUAUACUUAAGUCAUUAAAUUAGUUUCAUGGAGGUGUGCGCUGUCUUUAAUGCAUUGCCACCUCAGAAAGUUCUGCAGUGCUUGUAGUUAAAUUUUAAA